UAAUCCAGCCGUCCGCUACCUCGCAGCUAGUUUGGGUUUCCAUCCGGGUCGGGGUCUGUGCACCGCAGGAACACGCAAUAAUGGCAAAUUCAGUGCGUCUGCUGGCCAAUGUGUCCCAGUUGGUGCCUCGCAUAGUGCUUCCCACAGGAUCUACAAGCGCUGCGCGAAAGUACUUUUCAGGACAGGCACAGCCCGCUCAUGCAACAGCUAAGGCAAAAUAUGGAGGUCGCUUCAUGGUUACAGUGCUGCCCGGUGACGGUAUCGGUCCUGAGCUGAUGAAGCAUGUUCGUGAAGUUUUCAGGUAUGGCGGUGUGCCUGUGGAUUUCGAAGAGGUUCAUCUUGACUCCACCCAGGACGAUCUGGAGAAUGUUGACGAAGCCAUCAUAGCCAUAAAAAGAAAUGGCGUUGCCCUGAAAGGCAACAUUGAAACGAGACACAACUCGCCAAAUUACAAGUCCCGCAACGUGGAGUUGCGCCUACGGCUGAAGCUUUUUGUCAACAUUGUUCACUGCAAGAGCCAGCCUGGUGUUCCGACUCGUCACGACAACAUUGACAUUGUGCUGAUACGCCAAAACACCGAGGGAGAAUACAGUUGUGCCGAGCAUGAGAGUGUUCCAGGCGUAGUGGAGAGCAUGAAGCUGAUAACAAGAGAAAAAUCGGAGGAGAUUGCGCGCUAUGGCUUCGAGUUUGCACGGCAAAAUGGGAGAAAGAAGAUUACAGCUGUGCACAAGGCCAACAUCAUGAAACUGUCCGACGGGCUGUUUCUCAAGUGCUGCACAGAGAUUUCAAAGGAUUAUCCAGAGAUUGAGUUUGACAACAUGAUCAUUGACAACUGCAGCAUGCAGCUUGUGUCAAACCCGUCGCAGUUUGACGUACUUCUAUUGCCCAACCUGUAUGGCAACAUCCUAACCAACAUAGCCUGUGGCCUCGUCGGUGGACCGGGCAUAACGUCUGGGAGGAACUAUGGCCAUGACUACGCUGUGUUUGAAACUGGAACACGCAACACCGGAAAGUCCAUCGCUGGAAAAAACAUCGCCAACCCCUUGGCCAUGAUGAAUGCGGGUGUUGACCUGCUCGAUCAUCUGGGAUUGAAGGACCAUGCCACUGUGAUAAGAAAUGCAAUUGACAAGACCUUGAAUGUUGACAAGGUCCACACCCCGGAUCUGGGAGGCCAAGCGAGCACUCGAGAUGUCGUCAACAACAUUAUUAAAGAGGUUCAAGCCAGCACAAAGCUUUAGUUAGGUCAUUGACAUACGCCUAUGCUGUGCUUUGGGCAUCUAGCCGCACACAGGGGUCACAAUGCAAGAUCUGCUCUUUUGGAGAGGAAUAUUAUUAGCUUACAAAUAUUACAGCCCAUUGCACUUAGGUUCGACGUACUUAGGCUGCAUGAGAAGCACUGCCCAUAUCUGUCGAGCAUUUUGAAACUUUUUUUUUCGCCAGAAAGUAUUGGUUGAUCUCGAACUAUUCGCGAGACCAGCCAAUACCCUUUGUGCUAGCUUGUUCCCAGCUGUGCAGUAAUUUCCCCAAUGAGAGAGAAAGCGACUUCUGAGCGAAAUCUCUGCUGCAUGCAGUACAACAUCACUUGGCUCACGUGCACAAAAGAGCCUCUACUACAGGUUGGCAGCGUUUUUCGACCGUGUUCAAAAGGUGUCACGAGGCCCCUUUACAUUAGCUUUGGGCUCUCUACUGCAGUGCCCCCUACAAUUGUACCACCACAUAGUUUCGGGAACUUCAACUUCGUAAUUUUUAGCACGCUGUGGCCGUCAAUGCGAAUGCUCCGUUAUAAAGGAAAAACAUUGGAGCUGAAACCAGAAACCGUCUGGUUCCUGCCCACUUCCUGGAAACUAGCGAUACCCAGUUUAUUUUCAUUUUAGUGAAAUCGCUUGGCAGCCCAAAGCCUUUUAUACUUGCUAGUCAGGUCAUUGUAUGCCUUAUUUAUACAUUACUUUAGCAAUAUUUAUGAGUUUUUAUUGAUAGUUAUACAAAAUAAUUAGUAGAUUUUAUGCCCAAGCUUUAGACAGAUAUUUUUCAUUUCUGCAACCACUAAAGGCAGUUCUUGAGUCAUGUUUAAUCUCGGUGAAAUGUCUGUAUACAAUACAAAAAGCUCUAAUGCUACAGAUGUACAUGUGUUAAAUACGUUACAAUAAACAAUUACUGAAAAAAA